AUGAAGGGAAAGGGCAAAAUGACGACAUACUGGCUAUUGGGAGAGAAACAGUCCGAAAAUCAUUUCCACUCAAACAACGUACACACAAAUAUUGUGAAUAACCCAAGCAUCACGUUUCAAGGCCCUGAUAGCCCUGCAUCACACUCUCUAACACAAAGUCAUAGUCCAGAGCAAAAUAUACACGACACAAAAGAGAGUAAUCACAGGGCUCUCGAAAUAAAAAAUGAAAGAGAUCGGAUCAAACACGAAAUUGCAACGUUUGUUGCAAAAGAUCUCAUCAACAAUAUCGAUAAUGCUGUCAGAGAAUUCAAGAAAUCUCAAAGUGCAAAUUUCGCUUUGUUAAAUAACAAACCCAUGUGUAAUGGUAAUGAGAAAGGUCUAAUAACUCCAACUUAUGACAAAGAAUUGGUCAUCAGCAAAGGUAAAGUGCGUGACGUUGUCAACAGAUUCAACAAUUGUGUCAUAACUAAUGACAGUGUUAGUAAAUGUAUGAAAACGAAAGCUAUUAAAAACGAAGACUGA